AUGAAAAUAGGAAAAUGGCUGACUCUGUUGGCCGGUCAAAGCGUUUCCUCGAAGCUGGGGCUGUCCCUUAGCGACCGAAUGGCGAAAGACGUCUCGUUGGAAGAAGAAGUUAGCGAAUGCAUCGCCCUAUCAAACGACUCGCUCCGGGUGCCGAACAUCGUCCACUACAUCUGGUUCGGAUGCAAACGCGACUUUCUGCCCUACCACUACCUUUCCGUCCUCUCGUCGCUUUCCGUCCAAAACGCGUGCAAGGUCUUCUUUCACACCGAUUGCGAGCCGCCCGAAGAAAACGAACUCUUCUCACAUUUGAAGGAACAUGAAAACUUCCGAAUUGUGCCCAAGGAAGCGCCUACUCAGAUUUUCAAUCGACCGGUAGAGCGACUUGAGCACCAAGCUGAUGUUGCUAGAAUCGAGCUUCUUAUGAGAUAUGGUGGAAUUUAUUUGGAUGAUACUCAAAUCGUCACUCGUUCUAUGGACCCUCUUCGUAAGCUGUCCUGCACUUUGCCGUACGAAAAGAAGGGAACCCUGAUGAAUGGAGUCAUCGUUUCAGAACCAAACGCACCGUUUUUGAAGAAAUGGUUGUUUCUUGGAUACAACGACUUUGAGGAUCAUAGGUGGGCAUGGAACUCCUGCCGAAAACCAUAUUUUCUCUGGGAAAAGUAUCCAAACCUGCUGCACGUGGAGCCAAAGACGUUUCUUCCCAGCUGGGACCAGUGGGAGGAACUGUUCUUCGAUAACCACUACCCCUGGCGAGAAAAUGACAAUUACGCAGUGCAUAUUUAUCACAAAAAAUACCGCCGGAAUCACAAUCUUGAGGAAAUCGUAGGCACACGGCGACGGCAUAUAACGCUUGGCCAGGGAGGUCCAAGUAUUUGCCGAUUUUCGAAAGAAGAGAUGAUGCGAAUUCAAGAAGCCAGUUUUUGUAAAUAUAACAACCAGCUACACCUCACGAAUCAACCCGCCUUUCAAAUUGUACAGAAGACGCCGACCCGAGUUGUCUGUUAA